GCGGUUGUGCGCACACACCGUGCAUAAACAUGACUAGGGCCAUUAACCUACUUCUCAUACUCAUUCCCAUAAUAGUGCAGUGUAUCAACGUCAAAACAUACUUAGAAAAUAACACCGUAACUAACACAUCCAUACAAAACUUUGAAAAAAGUGCAGUGCAAACAGUGAAUUUGAAACCAUUCAAAUGUCAAACCGAUUUUAUUUGGCGGCGAUUAGAUAAUUUAAAACAGUGGAAGCGGCGACGGAGGCUUCGGAAUUUACCAUUAUCUACAACUUCCGAAAGGCGUAGCUUCAGGGUGAAAAGACGAGCGUUGGCGUUGGUGGAUGAGGUGCCGAGAGUGGUGUAUAACAGAGCGAUUGGUGCGAAGGAAAGGGAAUUGGAGAAGCUGCUGGUGCGGUUUAAGGCGCGGUGGCCGGUGGCGCGGUGGCGGUGGUAUGGCGCCUUCACGGAUGAAUACCUGCUGCUGAUCAACCCACACUGGCUGCAGUUCCCACCUCCGGACCCAGCCCACCAGUACGCCCUCGGUGGACUCUACAUCGCCAUGAUGACUGUCGGAUGUGUCGGCAACGCUCUCGUCCUUCUAAUGUACUUUAGGUGUCGCUCCCUGCGCACUCCAGGCAACAUCCUGGUGGCAAACCUGGCGCUGAGCGAUUUCUUCAUGCUGGCAAAGACUCCUGUCUUCAUUUUCAACUCCUUCAACCUCGGCCCUGCACUGGGGAAAACUGGGUGCAUAAUAUAUGGCUUCCUCGGCGGGUUGACGGGAUGCACGUCGAUCGCGACGCUGUCGGCCAUCGCGCUGGAUCGCUACUGGGCCGUGGUGCGGCCGCUGGAGCCAUUGCGCGCGCUCACCGCCGUGCGUGCGCGCCUGCUAGCCGUCACCGCCUGGCUCUACGCCGGCGUCUUCUCUAUCAUCCCCGCACUCGACAUCGGCUACGGACAUUACGUCCCCGAGGGCUACCUCACCAGCUGUAGCUUCGACUAUCUCACAGAAGACAAGGCGCCGCGAUACUUCAUAUUCGUCUUCUUCUGCGCGGCCUGGCUUGCCCCCUUCUGCACUAUUUCGUUCUGCUACCUAAGCAUAUUCCGAGUCGUAGCUUUCGACAGAAACGUCAGUGCCAAAAAUCAAGAACAACGACUGUCCUCCAGACACGUCAAAGAGCAAGCCAAACGUAAAGCCGAAAUAAAACUAGCAUUUCUUGUAAUUGCCGUCAUAGCCUUAUUCUUUAUAUCGUGGACGCCAUACGCCAUUGUAGCCCUUCUUGGAAUUUUCGGAAAAAAGGACCUUAUUACACCAAUAUCCUCUAUGAUACCCGCAUUAUUUUGUAAAACUACAGCCUGCAUAAAUCCCUUCAUUUACAUAAUAACACAUCCGAAAUUCCGUAGCGAGUUUAAGAAAAUGAUAUUCAAAGAUAAAUCUAAGAGAAUGAGUGGCACGAUGAAAACCAUCGGAUAUACUGAAGCUUCUAAAGUACACCGACCCAGCAGAGACUUGAGUGACACGGAUGUGGAAGUGGUAGAAAUGCAAGACAUACCGUACCUGAAUGAAGACUUGAAGGGGAAGGCGGUUGAACCUGUGAAUACGGUAUCAUCGCGAGUGUCGGAGCGGCUAGAAUCACAGCGGAGCAUGAGUAUGAAGAGCUUUGAGGAGAAUGUAGUCAGCCCGCCCUCUUGGUACGCGAAACCACAGUUCGCCAAAAAGAAAAGUUUUCACCGACGAUCAUCCAGAAGCAAAGUGUCAUCCAACAGCAAUAUUAUUUAAGAAUAUAAAAUGUGCAUUAUUUACUUAUAGUAGAUUACCUAAUUAGCUUCUAGUCAAAUCACUACCUAUGUCAACCAAUUGGGAAGUUUCUUAGGUCAAAGAUAAAUUAUGAAAUUCUGAUUAAGUACUAAAUAAAGACAGAU